UCAGAGAAGACCCUUGCCCCGACGCAGAGGGCUGGUUCGAACCGCAUCGUCGCUGGAGGGUGCAUAUACAGCGUCUCUGCGCAGGAUCACGAUGCAUCGGCGCGGUGGAAGCGGUGGAGGCGGAAUGUUAAGGGCAACAACUAGCAGCUCAAGCGCGCAAUGGGGCAGCCGCGCAAGGUUAUCGACCGUUCGUAGGUCGUAUUUCUUGGCCGGCGUUCUCAAGGACGGGUACGAUGGAGAUGGGAGUGAGUUCUGGGAUGGUUAUGGCCGUAGGGGAGCGGUGGAUAUGGGCGGAGAAGAGGAAGAGGAGGACGAGGAUCGCCUUCCUUUCUCCGAGCGCCUGGAUACACUUGCAGGUAUCGACGCCGUCGGUUCGAGGGUGGCGGGCUUCACAGGAAACGUGAAACCCGUCCCGCCGCUGACGAAACUCUGCAUAGACGCCGUCUGUCGAAGUUCCCUUUGGGAACGACAAAGAGGAACGAUCGAAUUGUUACCCGAAGAACUAGCCAAUCAGCUCUUUUACAGGCUAGCCCAAGAGGGGAAGAUCUUGGACAAACAUUUAGAGUUAUUCCAGAAGUGUGUGGGGGAGGUGGACUUGUCUUGUUGUGGUCGUCUCGAUGCUACAUGGCUUGCAUACCUCGGUGGAUUUCGAUUCCUAAGGACUCUUUCACUGUCAGGGUGCUCUCGAGUACAAGGAAGCAGCCUAUGGACAUUGUCAGCCCUUACGCGGCUGGAGAGUUUGGAUCUCUCCCACUGCCCUCGUGUUGGCGAUGAUGCCAUUCCACAUCUUCUGGCAUUGCAGAAUUUGGAUUCUUUAAGCCUUGCGGAGACUUCUGUCAGUGGCAGUGGUGCAAUGCAGCUGGCUGGUCUUCGAAACCUUGUGCGACUGGACCUUGGUGGUAUUCAUAGUGUCUCGGACUCCACAAUUUUUUCUCUUCAGGAUUUGACAGACCUCGAGGACAUGGAGUUAUGGGGCAGCAGUGUAACUGAUGCAGGAGCUGCAAUGUUGACGUCAUUUUCACUACUUCGCACUCUGAACUUGGCGUGGACGCAUGUCGAGACUGUACCACCUCUGUACAAUCUGAGAUCACUGAAUCUAUCGGAGUGUAAGCUCCAUUCUGUAUUUGCAGGCUGGGAGCCUGAACUCGCUCGAGAGAGCCUUGACUCCCUGUACAAAGGGGAUGGAUAUGGUCGUGCCAUUGAGUCUGGGAUCCAUCGAGCUGGGAAUGCAUAUGCGGCCAGGGCCGGUGAAAUGCAGUUCUACUCCAGACAGUCUCGCCCACGAAUUGCACCACUCCGCAUACUUCAUCUUGCAGGUGCGACUUUUCUGCGGAAAGAAUCCAUCGUCCUUGGCAGUCCAGGCCUGGCAGACGUGGAGGAACUCUCAAUCACCCGGACAGAGAUGUCUUUGGAUUUCCUGGCAGGCCUGAGGAACCUUGUACACGUCGAUAUGACGCAGGCUCGAGACAGGACGGGGAAAGCAUUUGACAUGAUGGCACUUGCGGCAAAAAAUAUGGUAGAGCUAAACCUGAGCGGUUUUCGGAACAAUUCUAUUACCCUACACGCCCUUGCUGGGCACGUUCCUUGUCUGGAACGCAUCUCUCUCAGCAACAGCCCGGCAGAUUGGAGCGUGUUUAUGUACUUGCAGUACAUGCCUAACUUGCGUAUUGUUGAUUUGAGCAAUACAAAUCUUUAUGACCACACUGCAUCUGGUUCAAUUGAGCUGCUUGAGAAUCUACACUUUCUUCACACUCUGAUUCUUUGGGGUGCCAAACUCCAUGAUUACCAGUUUUCGAAGAUUCGAGUUCUAAGAGGAUUGCGACGCCUCGAGGUCACGCUUCCAGGUGAUGAGCUUCUUCCAGCUCUGUCAAAUCUGUCCAGGUUGACCCAUCUCGGCCUGUUCUUCUCGGCAGUGACAAUUGCUGGUCUGGAGGUGUUGACCGCUCAACGAGAAUUACAAGAACUGGAUGUCACAGGUUGCCAGCGUCUGCAGAAACAAGAUUUGGUGAAGUUCUCACGGAAGAUGCCUGGGCUGGUGGUUAGAGCACGAGAGACCCACAUGAACAACCUUACUGGAAAUGAUGGGCCCAUAGGGGUCUUAAGAUGGGAGAGAUGGCAAGAGUUGGAGAAGAGGAGGAUGAGAAGGGCAUCUCUGGGUGGAGAGUCUCCCACGACAGAGGAGAUUACAAGAGGGUGGAUGGGCAGCAAUGGGAGGAGGUCCAAGGGAGGCUUGUGUCACUCCUUGGCUGACGUUUUGGGUAAUCCACUGUAUGGCUGGUGUCUCAGAAACGGAGAGUUUCUCACUGCUGAUGAUCGGAUGGUCAGUUUGGACAUGAAGGCUGAUGUGCAAGUGAAGGGCGGUGAUGCAACUUCAAGUGCUUCACGGUAUCACGGAGCAGAUGAGAGGAUUUGCUACUCUCAGAAGUUCUUGCUGGAGCUGAGGAAUGCACCACUUUCAAAUCGUCCGCUGUCAGCACUCGGUGUUGCACAGAUACCCAACAUAACUGUGGGUUCUGUACCCUCGAAGAAUCCUGCUGGUGUGAUCAGAACAGGUUCUCUCUCCCCCCCCCGAUCUUCCAGUCACCCUUGCGCACUUCCUGGGCUUGAUGCACCUUGUGCCCCCGGCUCCUUUGCACCCUUUCCUGCCUCGAGUUCUAUAUCUAUACCUUCUCAUCACUCUGGUCAUUCCAAUCAGCCUUACUACCCCAGUUCUUACCAGUCCUCUGCUCUCCUGUCUUUGACUCCUCCAGCAAGAAGCCCGCCAAUUCUGGGUCACAUUUCGCCAGCUGCUAUGCCGUCUGCUUCCCCCAUGCCCAGGUAUGUUUUCCCAACUACAAUUCCUGUGCCCACUGGGUCUGUUCCGCUCGGGUCUUCUGGCGGGGCUGCCCAUCUCCCGCCCUGGUGCACACAGGCUCGGAAGUGACUUACACCAGGUGUGGAACUGGUGCCGAACCAUCAUCUGUUUAGACUUCAAUCAAUACCUGACAGCUUGUGUGUCAGCAUUCAUCGGCUGAGGGAGCAAUCAUACUUCCCGGGUUCUGUAUCGGCCUCGAAUGAAACAGAAGCCCUCUUCAUGCAAAGUGGUGCCUCCUCUCUUCCUGAUUGUGUGUCAGCAUUCAUCGGCUGAGGGAGCAAUCAUUCUUCCUGAUUGUGUGUCAGCAUUCAUCGGCUGAGGGAGCAAACAUUCUUCCUGAUUGUGUGUCAGCAUUCAUCGGCUGAGGGAGCAAACAUACUUCCCGGGUUCUGUAUCGGCCUCAAAUGAAACAGCAGUCCUCUUCAUGCAAAGUGGUGCCACCUCUCUUCCUGAUUAGGGAGGUUCAUGGCAAUGAACCCAAGUGCCUGUGCCAGCAGGUCAGGGAUGUUAUGACAUCAGGUGCUCGGUGGGCAUAGUGCGGCUUCCAGAACCAUUCUGAGAGCAAUCCAGAGUUUGGUGGAGAUGAGGUGGGGCAGAAGUUUGUGAAAGAUUUGUAGCUAGGUAUUGAGAGGGGAGCAAUCUGAACGCCUUCCGGGAGUGGGAAUGGGGAUUUGCGAACUGCCUCAGGUAGGUAGAUGAUGCAUUUGGAUAGUAACUCAGCACUGUCAGCAGUCAGGUGUGAGAAAAGCGAUAAUGUGCCAUGAUCUUCCUCUAAGUUGGAUUACAGGACUUUUUCAGAGUCUGCGUUGUGGAAGACAAUACUCCUUGACACUUGAUGGAUUACAGGACUUUUUCAGAGUCUGCGUUGUGGAAGACAAUACUCCUUGACACUUGAUGCAUGGACCGUAAAUGGAGAAGUCAAGUUUUUUGGAGGAUCAGCCGAGUUUUCAGAGUCACACACACAACAAACACAAAAGGGAACUGCGUGCUGAAAACAUCACUGCGGGGUUCCCAUGCUGUCCCACAAGUGAUGAGUGACAUCUGCAGGUGCUUUCUGCUGCUUCUGCUGCUGCUGCUGAAGCAUGAGGUGUACUGCCAAGCGGUUGUCAGGGUUUUUGUGCAGAACUGGAUUGUCAUCUUAAAGUGCCCUUUCUUUUCUCUAAGAGCGGAUGUCAGUGCUGAGUUUCUCUCAAGAGAAGUCUUUGCAGCGUCAGAUGAGGGUAGGGGAGGGGGAUGAAGAAGGUUGGCGUUGUAGUUCGCUUGGUGCAGUGGCCAGGGCUGAAGUGCACUGAGGUGGCAUAAGCUCUGGUGAAGUCUCGGCGAGUUGCAUCAAAUGGCAGGUGGGCAUCAUUUAUCCAUGCAUCUUGUUGGGUUACAGUUUGCUUCUCUCUAUAUAUAGAUCUGGUCAAAUGACAGCUUCUUUGCCAGUGUUGCUUUCAUCAAAUAAACUUUCAGCGGUCACAGUCGUGAUCGCAAUGUUGCGUCUCCUGAACGAUUCUGAGAGACCCCUCCUUGUGCUGUGUUGCCCAGCUCCAUCUUUUCUUUGUGCCUUGUACAUCAGUUGGUUUUCAGGUUGGGGCACUUACCAUCCCAACUACGGAUUGGGCCUCCCUUUUCACCACGAUUGGUCUGGUUGCUUCACGGAGAGGCAACGGCAUUUGCCCAUGUCUGCUGCUACUCCCUCUGGAUGACUUCAUGUAUCCCUUGACACAAGUUGGCAGUGCUUUGGGAAUAACGAGUCUCUUAUGUGCUGUUCCGUGCCCAGGCCUUUACAAUCAAUGUCGUAUGCUUCAAAUCUUGCAUCUCUGUGUCUCUUUACUUCUAGCUUACGUCUUGACAUACGUUUCCUUCUGUUUUGCUCCCUGAUAAGAUGUGCCUGCGGACUCGGUGCACAGAAGGACACGAUCUACAGUGCGAGCUCA